UUAUUAUAAAGAUAAUGCACUCUAUUGAAUUUCAGAUUCUUGGGCUUGGAAAACAACUCAAAAGCAGUCCCUUUGAAUUAACUGUUUUCUUAUUUAUACUGUUUUAAUGACUUAUUUAUACCUAUUUAGUGAUCAAUUUGCAUAUAAUCUCCCACAUUAGCCAAUCCUGGAAAUACGUACAGAAGUUGGAGGGUAAUAAAUUAAUAUGGUUGGAACAUUGGUACAUCAGUUAUUAUUAUGCAUAUCAGUUGGUAUUCUAGUAGUUUACCUGUUAUAUUCCAGCUAUCAAAACAGCUUUAUGGUGGUUUAGGAGUUGAGAGACAUGUUGGAUGAUAAAUAAUAGUAGAAUUACAUAAUAUUUUUAUAUUUAUAGAUGUAUCUCCUUAAAUAGGAUGAAAUAAUUUCACAGAAGAUGAAUGAAACUCAAUCCCCAUAGAAAUAGUUUUUAUAGUAAUGAAAUAAGUUUUAAAUUUAGAGAAGGAAAUGGAAUCUAUUAAAGUUCAUUGGGGAUAAAAUUCUUGAUUAAAAUAUUUUAUUCUUUAAGAUACUUAGAAUCUUUUUUCUUCAAAUCAGAAAUUAAGAUUAUAGCCUAGAGUACUUCCUUUUCCUUUUUUUCUGUAGAUAUAACUGCCUUACAAGUCUAAGUAUGUCUUAAAAUGAUUUCCUGACCACGUAGGUGUUUUUGGCUUUUCUUAGGAGCUGUUGGGUGCCUCUGAAACUGCAUGCUUUACUUUCUGUGUUGGAGCAGAUGUCGUGGCACUAAGACCCAGAAACCGUUUGCUCUGUGUGGCUGGAGCUGGGCUGGCUGUGCUCACACUGAAGGGAAGGAAGUCAUUAGUGCAGACUGAGCUGUGGAGUUGGGUUCUUGCAGGAUUUCCUUCCAGCCUUUCCCCACUAAGGUUCUUGGGAAUUAAAAAAAAAAAAAAAAUCUAAACACACAAACCAAGUUUUCCUAUUUACAGUGUUCAGGGAAGGUAGGCAUUUCGAGAAGGGCAGAUCCUUUUCCCAAGUUAUCCAAGAAGGAAGCGAAAACAGCGUAAAGAAGCUCUGAUUACAGAUCUUUGGAAUUUUCUUUGCUAAAUUUUACAAACGAGAAAUACACCCAGAAUUGUGGGAAUUGCUCCAGGCUGCGCGUGAGGGUUUGAUUGCUUGUCUGAUCUUUUUUGAGAAGAGGAGAAAUCGCCAAAAGGGGUUUGGAUGGCAGAAGCCCGGUUGGGAUUCUGUAGCAGCUCGCGUUCUCAGUCUCUUCUCUGAGGGAGGGUCUCUGCAGCCAGCUUGGAGACCCCCUGCCGCAGGCUCCUUUUGCAGGCGCUGGCCGGGAAAAUGCCCCGCUCUGGCAGGAGUACGCCCGUGGCUGCUGGGACUUCCUAGCCUGGUGGGAAGUGUGUUCGUGGUUUGGGGAUACUUUUCAUUGAACUGAAGGCGAAAAGACUGGACUCUCCUGAGGCAUUUAUUUCCCUUCGCAGUGAAUAUGGGAAAGAAUUAGGGGGUGGGAGGGAGGCAGCAUGACUUGCAGUCGUCGCUGCCCUGCAUCUGCCCCCAGCCCCCAGCCAACAUCUUGAUGUUCCACGUAUCGGCUGUACAAAUAUGAUGAAAUGGCAGCCCCGGAAGAAGGCAUACUUCCGACAGGGUGUUGCCCUCCAGUACCUUGGACGUCAUGCCGAUGCCCUGGCAGCCUUCGCAUCUGGACUGGCUCAAGACCCCAAGAGUCUCCAGCUUCUGGUGGGGAUGGUGGAAGCCGCCAUGAAAUCUCCCAUGAGAGACUCCCUCGAGCCCACUUAUCAGCAGCUUCAGAAAAUGAAACUGGACAAGAGUCCCUUUGUGGUCGUGUCUGUGGUUGGGCAGGAACUCCUGACAGCUGGCCAUCACGGGGCCUCUGUGGUUGUCUUAGAAGCCGCACUGAAGAUUGGCACCUGCAGCCUCAAACUGAGAGGUUCUGUUUUCUCUGCCCUGAGCAGUGCUUACUGGUCUCUUGGAAAUACAGAAAAGAGCACUGGAUAUAUGCAGCAGGACUUGGAUGUAGCCAAGACCUUAGGUGACCAGACAGGAGAAUGCCGAGCUCACGGGAAUUUGGGCUCUGCAUUCUUUUCCAAAGGAAAUUACCGGGAGGCUCUCACUAACCACAGGCAUCAGUUGGUACUCGCCAUGAAACUCAAAGAUCGAGAGGCAGCUUCAUCAGCCUUGAGCAGUCUGGGCCAUGUGUACACAGCCAUUGGAGACUACCCCAAUGCACUGGCCAGUCACAAACAGUGUGUUCUUCUUGCCAAGCAAUCCAAAGAUGAACUUUCUGAAGCCCGAGAACUUGGCAACAUGGGAGCUGUGUAUAUUGCCAUGGGUGACUUUGAGAAUGCUGUGCAGUGCCAUGAGCAGCAUCUGAAGAUAGCCAAGGACCUGGGGAACAAGCGAGAAGAGGCCCGGGCUUACAGCAACCUGGGCAGUGCCUAUCACUACCGGAGGAACUUUGACAAGGCCAUGUCUUACCACAACUAUGUCCUGGAGCUGGCACAGGAGUUGAUGGAAAAGGCCAUUGAGAUGCGAGCCUAUGCUGGACUAGGCCAUGCUGCCAGGUGCAUGCAGGAUUUGGAGAGGGCUAAACAGUACCAUGAGCAGCAGCUGGGUAUUGCUGAGGAUCUCAAGGACCGGGCUGCAGAAGGGCGAGCAUCCUCCAAUCUAGGAAUCAUACACCAGAUGAAAGGCGAUUAUGACACUGCACUGAAACUCCACAAGGCCCACCUGUGCAUCGCUCAGGAGCUGAGUGAUUAUGCUGCCCAGGGCCGUGCCUAUGGGAAUAUGGGCAAUGCCUACAAUGCUCUUGGCAUGUACGACCAGGCUGUCAAAUACCAUCGGCAGGAGCUGCAGAUCUCCAUGGAAGUGAACGAUCGCGCCUCGCAGGCCUCCACGCAUGGGAACCUUGCUGUGGCCUACCAGGCGCUGGGUGCCCAUGACCGAGCCCUGCAACACUAUCAGAAUCACUUGAACAUCGCCCGGGAGCUACGAGACAUCCAGAGCGAGGCCCGGGCCCUCAGCAACCUGGGCAAUUUCCACUGCUCUCGGGGAGAGUAUAUCCAGGCUGCCCCCUAUUAUGAACAGUAUCUCCGGCUUGCUCCUGACCUUCAAGACAUGGAGGGAGAAGGGAAGGUCUGCCACAAUCUUGGCUAUGCCCAUUACUGCCUUGGAAAUUACCAGGAGGCAGUGAAGUACUACGAGCAGGAUCUGGCACUGGCCAAAGACCUUCACGACAAGUUGAGCCAAGCAAAAGCCUACUGCAACUUGGGCCUAGCAUUCAAGGCUCUGCUGAAUUUCAGUAAAGCUGAAGAGUGUCAGAAGUACCUACUGUCCCUAGCCCAGUCUCUGAAUAAUUCCCAGGCUAAAUUUCGAGCCCUAGGGAACCUGGGCGAUAUAUUCAUCUGUAAAAAAGAUAUAAAUGGUGCAAUAAAAUUCUAUGAGCAGCAGCUGGGCUUAGCUCACCAGGUGAAGGAUAGAAGACUAGAGGCCAGUGCAUAUGCAGCCCUGGGCACUGCAUACCGAAUGAUCCAGAAGUAUGACAAGGCCCUGGGUUAUCACACACAGGAACUGGAGGUAUAUCAGGAGCUGAGUGACUUGCCAGGGGAGUGCAGAGCUCAUGGGCACCUGGCUGCCGUCUACAUGGCCCUUGGGAAGUAUACAAUGGCAUUCAAGUGUUAUGAAGAGCAACUUGAUCUAGGGCAAAAGCUGAAGGAUCCGAGUCUGGAAGCCCAGGUCUAUGGCAAUAUGGGCAUCACAAAGAUGAACAUGAAUGUGAUGGAAGAAGCCAUUGGCUACUUUGAGCAGCAAUUGGCCAUGCUGCAGCAGCUAAGUGGAAAUGAGUCUGUACUCGACAGGGGCCGGGCCUAUGGCAACUUGGGAGAUUGCUACGAAGCCCUGGGUGACUAUGAGGAAGCUAUCAAAUACUAUGAACAAUAUUUAUCUGUUGCCCAGAGUCUGAAUCGCAUGCAAGACCAAGCCAAGGCUUACCGCGGCCUGGGAAAUGGACACAGGGCAAUGGGGAACUUGCAGCAAGCCCUCGUGUGCUUUGAAAAGAGGCUCGUGGUUGCCCAUGAGCUCGGGGAGGCCUUCAAUAAAGCCCAGGCCUAUGGAGAGCUGGGAAGUCUGCACAGCCAAUUAGGGAAUUACGAACAAGCCAUUUCCUGCCUUGAACGCCAGCUGAACAUUGCUAGAGAUAUGAAAGACCGAGCCCUGGAGAGUGAUGCAGCCUGUGGCCUGGGGGGUGUUUACCAGCAGAUGGGGGAGUAUGACACAGCCCUGCAGUACCACCAGCUUGAUCUACAGAUAGCAGAGGAAACCAACAACCCCACAUGCCAGGGCCGAGCCUAUGGGAACCUGGGCCUGACUUAUGAAUCCCUGGGCACCUUCGAGAGGGCUGUGGUCUAUCAAGAACAGCACUUGAGCAUUGCUGCACAGAUGAAUGACUUGGUGGCCAAGACGGUGUCAUAUAGUAGCCUUGGAAGGACCCAUCAUGCCUUGCAGAACUAUUCCCAAGCAGUCAUGUACUUACAGGAAGGUUUAAGGUUAGCUGAGCAACUGGGCCGAAGAGAAGAUGAGGCAAAAAUUCGCCAUGGCCUUGGCCUCUCCCUUUGGGCUAGUGGAAACUUGGAGGAGGCCCAACACCAGCUUUAUAGGGCAUCAGCCUUGUUUGAAACGAUCCGACAUGAGGCACAGCUGAGCACAGACUACAAACUCUCCCUCUUUGACCUACAGACAUCAUCCUACCAGGCCUUGCAGCGGGUGCUCGUCAGCCUAGGCCAUCAUGAUGAAGCUCUGGCUGUGGCGGAAAGGGGACGGACAAGGGCAUUUGCUGAUCUUCUGGUGGAACGACAAACAGGACAACAGGACUCUGACCCCUACUCCCCAGUCACUAUUGAUCAGAUCUUAGAGAUGGUUAAUGGCCAGAGGGGACUAGUGCUUUACUAUUCCCUGGCCGCAGGCUAUCUGUAUAGCUGGCUGCUUGCUCCUGGGGCAGGAAUUCUGAAGUUUCAUGAACACUACUUGGGUGAGAACACCGUGGAAAACUCAAGUGACUUCCAGGCCAGCAGCGGCGCAACCCUUCCAACAGCAACUGGCUCAGCCCUGGAGCAGCACAUUGCCAGUGUCCGGGAGGCCCUGGGGGUGGAGUCUCACUACUCAAGGGCCUGUGCCAGCAGUGAAACGGAAAGUGAAGCAGGAGACAUCAUGGACCAGCAGUUUGAAGAGAUGAACAGCAAGCUCAACUCGGUCACUGACCCCACUGGCUUCCUGCGGAUGGUUCGCCGAAAUAACCUCUUUAACAGGAGCUGCCAGAGCAUGACAAGCCUGUUCAGUAACACUGUGUCACCGACCCAGGACGGGACCUCCUCUCUUUCCAGGAGGCAGAGCUCGUUCGCCAAGCCCCCGCUCCGUGCCCUGUAUGACCUGCUCAUCGCGCCCAUGGAAGGGGGCCUGAUGCACUCCAGCGGCCCCGUGGGUCGGCACCGGCAGCUCAUCCUGGUUCUGGAGGGGGAGCUCUACCUCAUUCCUUUCGCCCUCCUGAAGGGAAGCUCCUCCAACGAGUACCUCUACGAGCGCUUCGGGCUCCUCGCCGUCCCUUCCGUCCGCUCCCUUAGCAUGCAGUCCAAGUCUCACUUACGGAAGAACCCGCCCACAUACUCCAGCUCCACAUCCAUGGCGGCUGUCAUCGGCAACCCCAAGCUUCCAUCGGCUGUGAUGGACAGGUGGCUGUGGGGGCCCAUGCCAUCAGCUGAGGAAGAGGCCUACAUGGUGUCAGAGCUGCUGGGCUGCCAGCCCUUAGUGGGCAGUGUGGCCACCAAGGAGAGAGUCAUGAGUGCCCUGACCCAGGCUGAGUGCGUCCACUUUGCCACCCACAUCUCCUGGAAGCUGUCGGCCUUGGUCCUAACGCCCAGCAUGGACGGCAACCCUGCCAGCAGCAAGAGCUCCUUUGGCCACCCCUACAUGAUCCCCGAGUCCCUGCGGGUGCAGGACGAUGCCAGUGAUGGGGAGAGCAUCUCGGACUGUCCGCCCUUGCAGGAGCUGCUACUCACAGCCGCCGACGUCCUGGACCUGCAGCUGCCCGUGAAGCUGGUGGUGCUUGGCUCCUCCCAGGAGUCCAACAGCAAAGUCACAGCUGAUGGGGUCAUUGCGCUGACAAGGGCUUUCCUGGCUGCCGGUGCUCAGUGUGUCCUUGUGUCUCUGUGGCCUGUGCCAGUGGCUGCUUCCAAGAUGUUCAUCCAUGCCUUCUACUCAUCCCUGCUGAAUGGCCUGAAAGCCAGCGCUGCCCUGGGGGAGGCCAUGAAGGUGGUGCAGAGCAGCAAGGCCUUCUCACACCCCUCCAACUGGGCAGGGUUCAUGCUCAUCGGGAGUGACGUUAAGCUGAACAGCCCCUCAUCACUCAUUGGCCAGGCCCUCACAGAGAUCCUGCAGCACCCGGAGCGCGCGCGGGACGCCCUGCGAGUGCUGCUGCACCUGGUGGAGAAGUCCCUGCAGCGCAUCCAGAAUGGGCAGCGCAACGCCAUGUACACGUCCCAGCAGAGCGUGGAGAACAAAGUGGGUGGCAUCCCUGGCUGGCAGGCCCUCCUCACUGCUGUGGGCUUCCGGCUGGACCCCCCGGCCAGCGGCCUGCCAGCAGCUGUCUUCUUCCCAACCUCUGACCCGGGCGACCGGCUCCAGCAGUGCAGCAGCACCAUCCAGUCCCUGCUGGGUCUGCCCAAUCCUGCCCUCCAGGCCCUUUGCAAACUCAUCACUGCCUCAGAGACAGGAGAGCAGCUCAUCAGCCGGGCUGUUAAAAAUAUGGUUGGAAUGCUCCAUCAGGUGCUGGUUCAGCUCCAGGCUGGCGAGAAGGAGCAGGACUUGGCAUCAGCUCCCAUUCAGGUCUCCAUCAGCGUCCAGCUGUGGCGGCUCCCAGGAUGCCACGAGUUCCUGGCAGCUCUAGGUUUUGAUCUCUGUGAAGUUGGUCAGGAGGAAGUAAUCCUGAAAACCGGAAAGCAAGCCAAUCGACGGACCGUGCACUUUGCGCUCCAGUCCCUGCUGUCUCUGUUUGAUUCCACUGAGCUACCCAAGCGCCUCAGCCUCGACAGCUCCUCCUCCCUGGAGUCUCUGGCUUCUGCUCAGUCUGUUUCCAAUGCCCUACCCUUGGGCUACCAACACCCCCCCUUCUCCCCCACUGGUGCAGACAGCAUUGCCUCAGAUGCCAUCUCUGUGUACAGUCUGAGCUCCAUUGCCUCCUCAAUGAGCUUUGUCUCCAAACCCGAGGGUGGAGCAGAGGGUGGAGGCCCGGGAAGGCAGGACCAUGACCGGUCCAAGAACGCUUACCUGCAGAGAUCGACCCUGCCUCGGAGCCAGCUGCCUCUCCAGACCCGCCCUGCAGGCAACAAAGAUGAGGAAGAAUAUGAAGGGUUUUCCAUCAUCAGUAACGAGCCCUUGGCAACCUACCAAGAAAACCAAAAGACAGGCUUCUCACCAGACCACAAACCACCCCGAGCUGGGGCAGCCGGAGGUGUGAGAGUCUCCGUGAGCUCCAAAGGGAGCAUCAGCACUCCAAAUUCUCCGGUGAAAAUGACUCUGAUUCCCAGCCCCAACUCACCCUUCCAAAAGGUGGGAAAACUAGCAAGUUCAGAUACAGGAGAAUCAGACCAGUCUAGCACAGAAACAGACAGUACCGUGAAAUCCCAAGAAGAAAACAACCCAAAACUUGAUCCACAAGAGUUAGCCCAGAAAAUUCUAGAGGAGACACAGAGUCAUCUCAUUGCAGUGGAGCGUCUUCAGAGGAGCGGCGGCCAGGUGAGCAAGAGUAAUAACCCUGAAGAUGGCAUUCAGGCGCCCAGCAGCGCUGCUGUCUUCAGAGCGUCAGAAACCAGUGCAUUCAGCAGGCCUGUCCUCUCCCAUCAGAAGAGUCAGCCAUCACCUGUCACAGUUAAACCAAAGCCCCCAGCCAGGAGCUCCUCCCUACCCAAGGUGAGUUCCGGAUAUAGCAGCCCCACCACCUCGGAGACGUCCAUCAAAGACAGCCCGAGCCAGCACAGUGGCCGGCCAUCGCCGGGCUCCGACUCGCAGACGUCCCAGCUGGACCAGCCUCUCUUUAAACUGAAGUACCCCAGCUCUCCUUACAGUGCUCAUAUUUCCAAAUCGCCAAGGAACAUGUCCCCAAGCUCUGGCCACCAGUCUCCUGCCGGCAGUGCACCCUCCCCAGCUCUCUCCUACUCCUCAGCUGGAUCCGCUCGCUCCAGUCCGGCAGACGCUCCCGACAUAGACAAGCUAAAAAUGGCAGCCAUUGAUGAAAAGGUGCAGGCUGUCCAUAACCUGAAGAUGUUCUGGCAGAGCACGCCCCAGCACUCCACGGGGCCAGUGAAGACCCUCCGGGGAGCCCCUGGCACCAUGACUUCCAAAAGAGAUGUCCUCAGUCUGUUGAAUUUGUCACCACGGCACAACAAGGAGGAGGGAGUAGAUAAGCUUGAACUGAAGGAGCUGUCCCUGCAGCAGCGUGACGGAGCUCCACCAAAAGUCCCUCCCAAUGGACACUGGCGCACUGAGACCACCGCACUAGGCGAGCUGCCAUUGCCUGCCGGCCCUCCUGCCACAGCCCCCACGCGCCCUUUGAGACUUCCUUCUGGAAAUGGCUACAAGUUCCUGUCCCCAGGAAGAUUCUUCCCUUCUUCCAAAUGCUAAAGCAUCUUUUAUACUCACUGACUCUGAGCAGCCCGCAGAUGGGGGCCUGGCGUUUGCUGCAGCCGUUCCCUGUCUGAGUGCAGCACCCCCACAGCCACCAGCACCUUCACGAAGCUGUGCUCUUCAGGUGAGGGGCACUACCACGUCCAAAGGCUGCCACAUGCACUGGUGGCUUUUCUGGGCCUCUGGACCACAUUUACCAAAAGCCAGGAUUCGGUGGGGCUGGUCCAGGAGGCUGGUGGAAUUUCCUACACACUUCACCAAAUGUUUGUUUACCUUCAAACUCCCUGCUUCUCAUCUGUGAUAUGAUUCUUCACCAGGAUUUCGUACAAAAAUGGUCAUGGUUCUUGGGUGGGAAGAGGAAAGGGAGCGCAUAUUUUGCUAAGAGGUAUAUAUGCAGUACCUUUUAUACACAGAAAUACAAAUAGAACUUUUUCUAAGGCUUUCAGGUGCUGGUUGGGGGUGGGAGGUAUGAAAUUUCUCUAAGUUGAAUUCUACAGGAAAGUUAUAUUAGCCAAAAACAGAAUAAUGGUUUUUAAAAUGCCAAUGAUUUGUAAUUAAAUUGUAGCAAUUUUGGCCUCAUGAUAGUGUAAUAUCUCAGCAACAAUGCAAUAAUUCACAUUGAAACAGCGCUUCCAUUCUGAACUCUGCUCCGUAAAUGUCCGUUGGGUCCCGCUGUCAACCAAACGUGAAUUUUCUUAAAAAAAUUUAUGUAACUCUUAUCCAGGCAUUUUAGAACUAUGCAAUUGUGAUUUAAAAUGCAACUUUGUGCUUUUAAAACAUUAUUGACCUUUUUUGUACAUGGAUAAACAACUUGGUUUUAUUAUCAAUAGUACUUCACAUUUAUAGCUAUUAUUUUUAAAAGCUCAAAAAGUUUUUUAAAAUGUCAAAUUUUGAAUAGUCAUCAGUAAGUAAUUAUCAAGUUUGGAAGGAAAAGUUGAAAUGACUCAGUUUCCUUAUAAGAGAAAAAAAAAAUCCACGGUUAACUAAGAUAUUAACCAGAAUCCUGCCUUCCAGCUCCUGUUCCCUUUUAUUAGCUGCUGAAUUUUACUGUUUCCCCAACUCCAGGUCCCUCAGAUGUCUUCUGUCUAAAUCCAUUGCCAGGUCCCCACAACCCCAGCACCCGCCUCUGUGAGCUGCCCCCAGCCCCUCGCCUUGGCCCUGGCCAGCCUCCUGCGUUCCUGCUGCCUGAAGGACUGGCCCCUCCCCCACAGCUGAAGCUGCUGGUCCAGAUCCUACGUAGCAGGGCCUUUGCUGGGAUGCAUGCCAGGAUUACAGCCAACUGAGGAGAGAGAGAUGUACCUUAGAAAGUGAAGGUGGCCUUUUCCUACAGCUCUGACAGUAACUUAGAUUGUUGCCAGCUUGAGGCAAGACAAGGGAAUCAUCUAGUUAGGGGUAACCAUUAAUUUAUUUUAAUAAAGGAGAUGCUGAAAGUCCUAUUAGUACUGACUUUAGUUGGAGAACUGAGAUAAGGAUCUUUGAGGUAAUUCUAAAAUUCAGAUCCUACCCGCCUCACUGUGGGGUUCAUCGUGAAGGUGGUCGGCCACCAGGCCUGGCAGGGAUGCUAACCUCAGGAUCCCCAGGUGGGGGUUUUACCCUUGGGUGGGAUCUCAGCAUCUGAGCAUACACUGACAAUUUCACCUGUUCCUCAGUGUACUUCUCUGAAAAGAAGAAAGGAUGAUAUUUAUCCAAUCUGUGUUCUCCUGAGCUCCAUCUGAGGGGUUUUUAAUUUAACCAAAAGCCAACAAAAAGCAUGUCACAUUCUAGCCCUGAUCCCAACACUGAAAGCAAAGUACUUUAUAAAGAAGCCAGCGAUUAUGCGGGUUUCUUUACAUUAGUAGGGGAAAGAAUGGUAAUAAAAGUACCAGUGUAGCAAGUGAAGACCAAAUUUAUAGCACUGUGCAUUAGAUAGCAAAAUCAGGUUCCUAACAAUGAAAAGUAAACCUCAAGUUUCUAAAUCCAUAUGCAGAUGGUUAGGCUGUCCCUCUCUCAGCAAAUCUCUCACAGCCUCUUUCUUUCCCAAGUGCCAAGGAUCCCUGGAGUAAAGCUCUGGGGUCUGUGCUCUCCUUCCGUGAGGGGAAGGGUACGACCCUAUUUGCCCCCGUCUAGCAAACACCCCCACCACCCUACCACUGCCUGUGGUUAUCGAGCCAGCUAGGAGGACUCAUGGACCCCAACCUGGUUUUAGUCCCAUGUACAUUCUUAUUUUAGGUUUCAUAUUGAAGAGCCAAAUGGUUUACGUGAUUUCAUUCUGUCUUAGAUGUAAGUUUCAAGGAGGGGAAAACAAACGUGAUAAAAUGAUAGACCAGUCUAGAGAUCACUAGAAUCACCACCGCUUUGUCACUGUCAGUCUUGGUAUUCCUAUAUGAGUAAAAUGGAUGUAAAAAUCAUAAACUCAAAAGUGAAUGUUUCAGGCUAUACUGAAAAAAGUAUGCCCUUAGAAUGAAGGGAAACUGUAUAAUUCACCAAGAUUUCUUCAUAUAGAUCAGCAACUAUGACCCACAGGCUAACUCAGGUAAGUGGUCUGGUUUUUCACAGCCAUUCACUAAGUUACCUUUUUAAAGGGUUAUAUAAGUACUUAUUAUAUUGUUGAUUUUGCGUUUGGCCCACACAGCAUAAAACAUUUAAUACCUGGCUUUUUUUUUUUUUUCUGAGAUAGAGUCUUGCUCUGUCACCCAGGCUGGAGUGCAAUGGUGAGAUCUUGGCUCAUUGCAACCUCUGCCUCCUGGGUUCACAGGAUUUUCUUGCUUCAGCUUCCCCAGUAGCUGGGAUUACAGGAACCCACUAUCAUGCCUAGCUAAUUUUUGUAUUUUUAGUAGAGACGGGGUUUCACCAUAUUUGGCCAGGCUGGUCUCGAACUCCUGACCUCAAAUGAUAGGCCCGUCUCAGCCUACCAAAGGGCUGAGAUUACAGGCAUGAGCCAUUGCACCCAGCCAAUACCUGGCCUUUUAAGAAGUCUGCUGACUCUUGGUAUAGAUGACAGAAAAUGGAUUAGCAUUUUGUUUCUCUGCUCUAGGAGGAGCAAGUCAGGUAUUGGAUAGACUGACUGGCAUCCGGGGAGCCUGGGGUAUGUGAGGGCCAUGUGGAUGGAAGCUAAUGCCUCCUGCAUGCCCUUGGCUGUUUGUCCCAUUUGGGAGGAGUCCAUGGAUGUGGGUAAUAUUUAUAAAACAAUGUUUUGCUUGCCAUUUGUAGAAAGCAUUGCAUAUAUUUCCUUUUAGCUCAGGAAACUGGCAUGUCCCACCCUCUGCUACUCCAUCAGAUGUAAAUACAAUAAGCAGUACAACUCCCCUCUCUUAGAAAACUCAGCAGGACCACAGAGCAAGGGAGUCAAAGCUUUCUUAAUUCUCUCCAGUAAAUGACUCAACUAAUCUGAUGAUUUCUUAAUUAAGUCAAAAUACCAAGAGAAAAUUUGCUACUAAAACUCACAUUUUGAUCCACAUUGAUGUGCAGCACAAAAUGAAAAAUAGUUUUCACCUCCAUCCCAUUGUUUAAAAAUUCAUGGUCCACAGAGACUUGCUGGGUUUUAGCUGGAGAUGAAUGUGCCACCCAUGCUGUCCUGAUCCUGCUGUCUCCAUCCCAGUGACUCUCCAGCAUGCGAUCGUUGCAGCAAGUCCCUGGCCCCUGUCGAUCCCGCCACCUCCCAGCCACACACACUUGCACACCCACAAGAAGAACUGUAGCCUUGAUGGUUUCAGUUCAGGUUGGAAGAAUGCCAUGCAAUAAUCUGGUUUGCUUUCAGCAAGCAGGCAACAAGUGGAAACUGUCUAAUUGUCCUCACCCGUUCUGCUGUUCUAUCUAAAAUGAGUGUACCUGUGGUUUGUGAACUGGGUCCUUGUUUGUGCCAGAUCCUUCAAAGUUGUUCCCUAUCAGGACACCCGCGGCCCCUCCCCUCCUCAGACACCUUCCCCACUGGCAUUCACGUUCCUUAUAUGCAGUGUUAGCCAUCUUUGGCCUACAUGGACUUUUUUUGUAAAUUACACAGUUUUCAGAUGACAUUAAACUUUUUAUAUUAUGAAAUUUACCAUGUAAAAAGAACUUCAUAUUUUUAUUGAGAUUGCUAAGGCACUUGGCCUUCCUCCUUUGUGAUUUCAGUGUCUAUUAAAGCAUGAGUUCCCUUGGUUUUAA